GAGGAGAACUUGUCCAGUCAAUAUGGCCGUCUUCCGGCUUCAUCGCGGCUUGAAAACAAGUGACGUCUGGGCUAAGGGAGGAAGGUUCGUGUCUGGGCCUCUCCUACUUUUUUUUUUUCCUCCGUGUGUUCUGUGGUGUCACCUCCAUGGAUCUGGGCGAACUUUUGAAUGUGCUAUCUUCGUGUUGUUCAAGGUUUGAGUGGUGACUUUGGUCGUGACAGCUGCGCAAUGUUAGUAAUGUGAAGCCGCGACAUAUUCUAGGUGAAACGCGCGUAAUAAUGGCCUUUUCUAUACUUCAUAGCCUCCUAACUAGAGGAGGCGUUGGUGCAAUGGACGGCAUUCUGACACAGACUAGUGCAUCGACGGAUGUAAAACCGAGUGUUGAAGACUUGGUGGACCAAAAUCAUUAUGCGAACGAAGUUGCGGUAGACAUGAAGCCUUCUGUUGAUCACGGACAUUAUGCGAACGAUGUUACGACGGACGUUAAGCCGAACAUUGAGCAUGAGCAUGAUGCGAAUGAAUUUACGUCGGACGUGAAGCCGAGUGUUGAUCACGAACAUUAUGCGAAGGAAGUUACGGUGGACUUGAAGCCGUUAGUUGAUCACGGACAUUAUUCGAAUGAAGUUAUCGCAUUGGUGGACAACAAGCCGAGUGAUGAUCAUGGGCUCCAUGGGAAUGAAGUUACAGAGGACGUGGAUCCGUGUGUUGAUCACGUGCACUAUGCUAAUGAAGUUGAAGUGGACUUGAAGCCGAUCGUUGAUCACAGGCAUAAUGCGAAUGAAGUUAUGGCAUUAGUAGACGAGAAGCCGAGUGUUGAUGAUGGACAUGAUGCGAAUACAGUUACUCUCUGUGAAGGUUCCAUUUCUGCGGAAUCCCGUGACCAGUACCAUUUGCUUGUGUCAGUAGAAGAUGGACUGCAUUCCUGCCGGCAGUGUGCAUAUACAACCAGGAUUAAGGCGAACAUGAAAGUACACCUUCGCCGACACACAGGGGAGCAUCCCUUCCAGUGUCACCUUUGCCCGGCUACUUUCACUGUGAAGUUCCGUCUCACACAGCACAUUCGCACCCAUACCGGGGAGCGUCCUUUCUCCUGCACCCAGUGCAAUUGGUCCUUUUCACUGAAACGAAGCCUGACGGAACACUUGCGCACCCACACAGGAGAACGUCCCUUUUGCUGUGUUCACUGCAGUAAAUCCUUUUCAAAAAAACGUAACCUGAAGCAGCACAUGUGCACCCACACAGGAGAGCGUCCUUUCUCCUGUCUCUUCUGCAAUGCAUCAUUUUCACGAAAGCCUGACCUCAGGGGACACCGUCGCACCCACACUGGAGAGCGCCCAUUUUCCUGUGACCAAUGUGACGCAGCUUUUGGGCUGAGCCACGCCCUCAAGCAGCACAUGCGCACCCACACCGGCGAACGUCCUUUUUCCUGUGGCCGCUGUGAUGCCUCUUUUUCCCAUAGAAGCAACCUCAAGAUACACAUGCGAACCCACACAGGAGAGCGCCCUUACUCAUGUGUUCAUUGUGAUGCAUCCUUUAAACAGAAAACCAGCCUCGAAGACCACAUACAUUCCCACACAGGAGAGCGUCCAUAUUCCUGUAGCCAUUGCAAUGCAACUUUUUCACGGAGAAGUGUUCUCCGUCGCCACAUCUCCGGACUUCAUCCCAAUGAAGCCCAGAAGGGCAGGGGUGCCAGUAUUUCUAAUGUAGAGGUUACACAACUGAAUAAUUCUGCUAAAAGGUGAUCUUUU